AUGCUAAUAGUGGUGUCUAUUAUUUUGCAACUGCAGACCGUUUCAGGAUUUUGCCACAGCACAUGUAGGGAAAGCGAUUUUCAAAAUUAUUGCAUAAAUUGCUGAAGUGAACAGAAAGAGGAUUUUGAGGAUCAAUCUUUUUGCGAUCUUUGGAGCGCUAAUAUGUGUGCCAUGAUGAAUAAAGAAGUGCCAGAGAUUGAAAAUGCAAUAAAUGAUGUGUUAGAAAUGGAGCCAAAAUACACUAAUUUUAAAUUUCAGUGAGUUGAUAUUCAAUUUCUCAUCUUACUCUCCAUUUAACAAUAAACACAUUUUUAUUAUUUAUUAAAAUAAAUCCUAGUUUAAACAAAAUUAUUUUUGAACAUUUUUUAUUUACUCCCCCCUCCUUGAGCAAACAAAAAAUUUUGUUCGCUUAAUUUUAUUUUUUAAAAAUUUUAUAUAAAAAAUUCUAAUUUGUAAAAAUUGAGAAGCAAAAAUUAAAUUAAUUUGCGAAAUUUAAGUUUAAAAAUGCAAGCUGUUUAAAAUUAAACAGAAUUAAAUCUAGAGAUUUCAUUAUAAUAAUUAUCAUUUAUAUACCAAAAUCUUUUUUUUCAUACAAUUUUUUUUUUUUUUACAGUUUUUGUUCGCUCACGGAGGGUGGGUUUUUGGGCAAACAAUAUGUUUUUCCAAUGGUUUUGUUCGCCCACGGAGGGGAGGGAGUUAGAUAUUUUAUUAUAGGCUCAGAAAAUUAUUUCCGAAAAAGAUAUAGAUACUUAAUAUGCUUAAAUCUAUAUUUUAAUAAAAUAAAACAUUAAGAUAUAUAUAUAAUUCAGAACAUAUUUGUGUUAAUUAACUUGGGAUGGGGAAGAGUUAAAAUUCUCAAGUGAGUUCGACCCUGAAAAAAAUGCGGAAAUUAUUUGUGAAUGAAAGUUAUGCAGUUUUAACGAAACAGUGCUCAGAAAUAUAUGCAACAGAAAGUGCAAAAGCUGCCUGUCAGGAUAUUAUGAUGAAUUCCAUUGUGAGGCUUGCAAUUUAGGUUCAUAUUUAUAUCAAAAUACUUGUUUAGAGUACUGCCCAGAAGGAACUAUCGAAAACCCAAUAACGAAUACUUGUGAUGCUGUUUCCCCAAGAAAACUUUCUACUUGUAGCCCUGCAUGUGGAGGGACUUGCACUCAAAGCACAAAUGGUUACUGCUCUUCUUGCGCACAAGAUUACGUUACUGAUUAUUACAACUCAUAUUAAUUAAAUUAAAUAAGAAUCGGCCAUAAGUGGCAACCCACUAGCCAUACGCCUCGUCUCGUUAAGAUUCUGAUGCUACCAUACUUCUUGACUGACGCCAUCUUGAAUUUCCGACCUGAACCAUCUGUCCAGGGGAUCAAUUCCCUUGGGCAGAGCCACCGUCUGUCAAGUGCCCCCGAUGGUCCCGAUGAGGAAAGACCAUAUGGUAGCUAAAACCUAUCUAGCCUAUUUGGCAGAACAGGAAAACCUUCGGGGGAGAAACUAUCCGGCAAGGCAUCCCCAAGCCUGAAGGCUUACUUUAAGAGGGGACAGAGGCCCUUGCUUUCAGCUUCAUUAGGAUGGGUCCUUCCUGCUCCAUAGAGAGUGCUCCUCAGAGUCCUAUUUCCGUCAAUAUCACCAUUUUAUUUCUAUUAUUACAACUCAGGGUUGUGUGUUCAAUUUUGUGAGGCUGGACUAUCAGCAACAAAUGGGAUCUGUCCAGAUCCUAGUUCUAUAUAUUGCGAUUAUGUUUUCACUACUGAAGUAAAUCCUAUCAGCUCAGCACUCUUUUUGCUUCCUAUAAGGCGAAAUAGCCAAAACACUGGCUUUGCCAUUGUUUGGCAAACCAAUAAUAAAAUGAUAAAGCCAUGCUUCACAAUUUAGUCUCUUUUUCCUUUAUUUUUAACCAAAAGUUUUAGUUUCCUGCACUUUUAACAUUAUAAGAAGCUAAAGAGUGAUGGAGCUAUAUCAAUUCAUGGACAUCAUCAACCCAAUACCAAGCACUAGUUAGCUCAGCUUCGCCGACAGGCUCUUUAAAUAAUAAUCCAAGUGGUCCCUAUCCCAUAUAUACCAAAGGGUUUUAUUUUCCAGAGUUAGGAACUGGUUAUAUUCAACUUCCUCCAAAUUCAGUCUCUUCUAAUGCAAUCAUUCUUGGCAAUCAUUUCACUAUUGCAGUCUGGGUUUUCCCCAAAUCUUCCACUAAAAAUCAAUAUAUUUUUGCAAAAGAAGGGAGUGACUAUGUUUCUAUGUCUCUUUAUAUGUCUCCAGACCAAAAUAUCCACAUAGCCUACCGAGCAUUUGACUCUACAACUAAUGCUGCUCAGCAAUACGACGAUAUAUUUACUCAAGGUUCCUUUGACGCCUGAUUAUUAAUGGAAAUACAUGUUGAUUUGCCGAAUCAGAAGCUUGGGCUUUAUUACUUUGGAAGUGCAUGAUAUAGCUUAGCCUUUACUUCUAAAUUUUUCUCAGACAUUGAUACAGAAACCUUUACUCCCCUUCGUGAGUGAACAAAACCAUUGGAAAAAUCCUAUUUUUUGCCCAAAGCCUACCCUCCGUGAGUAACAAAACUUUUUAAUAGAAAAAUUUUUUUGGAAAAAAUUUUGAUAUAUAAGUGAUAAUUCCUAUCAUGAAAUCUCUAGCUAUUUCUGUUUAAUUUUAAACAAAUCGCGUUUUAAAAAAUAAAUUUUACAAAUUAAAUAACUAUUUGCUUUCCAAUUUUUGCGAAGUGAGAUUUUUUUAAAUUUCGAAAAAAAAUUUCUAUAAAAUUUUAUAUAUAUUUUUUUUUUUUUAAAAAAAAAUUAACCCCCUCUGUGAUCGAACAAGAUUUUUUUGUUCGCUCACGGAGGGGUGUUAGUAUAGGGAAAAGCUUUAUUAAUAACGGAGGCUUUUAUGGGCUUAUAUUUGAAUUUUUGAUAGGCUGAAAUAAUCUACCUUAUGAUAGCUGAAGCUAUGUAUAUCAUGAUUAUUGGUGGGUAUGUGGUUGUAAUAAUCAUUGUGGAGGAUAUAGCACAGGCUACUCAAAAUGUAUAUAUAGCUGCGGCUAUACUCAAUUUUAUGAUGGGUAUGGUUCAUGUUAUGACUGUGAUACUGACUGUAUUUAUGGAUGCACAGGUUCUGGAAACUGCAAUAUGAAUUUAGACCCUCUAUGUCGGGAAUGGACAGGUUUUGAGCAAAGCGAAUGCACUAAAUGCUGUGAUAACUGUAAUACUGCAACAAAUCCUUGCUCAUGUAAGAGUGGCUACAUCAAUUUUACAGAAGGACGUGAUUGUGUCCUAAUUUCUCCUAAAUGUGCCACAAGCUACUAUGUCAGUAAUGGUGAAUGCAAUACAUGCUCAGCCGGAAAUCAUAAGAUAUAUAAUUAUGGCUUGUGCUUAAGCAAUUGCCCUGUGACAUGAUAUUUUAAUGGUAGCAAAUGCAAGAGCUAUUUUGAUCCUUAUUCUCUUAUUAUUCAUUACGUUUUUAAUCAACAAACAAAUACAGUUGCAGACUCAGUUAGUGGAUUUAAAGCAUAUAUGGGGUCUACUGAUAUUUAUUACCCUGAUUAUGAUAAUAAUGAUCCUAUUCCUGUAUACCAACAAGGGCUUUAUUUUUCGGGAAACAGCUAUGUAUAUUUACCGCCAAAUCCAGCUGAUGAUACCGAUUUUAUAUAGUGCGAGCACAGUUAUAGAUUGACCUUGACUUCCCCCUUCUCUCCCUCAACCCUAUGACUGUUUCAGUUUAGAUGAAAAAUCAAUUUGACUCGUCAAAUUUAUAAUAAUAAACUUAUCUUUUUUGCCCCUGUUUUAUUUAAAAUGAAACGAUCAAAAGAUAGAGGUAGGGGGGUGAGCCAUAGCUGCUCAUAAAGUAUAUUAGGUGAUUAUUUUACUAUAAUGUUCUGAGUCAGACCAUUUUCUACUGGAGAUAAUUCUUAUAUUUUAUCAAAAGAAGGAACUGGCUAUACUCGUUUAGCUUUAUAUUUUACACCAGACAUGCAUCUUGAAAUAAAAUUUAUUGGGUUUAAUGGUGUAUCAUUAGCCACUAAAACAUAUACCUUAUCUAGCCCAAAUACAGGAAAUUGGAAUUCAUGGCUUUAUGUUGGUUUUCGUGCUGGAAUGGAAGACGCAAACUCUUUAUACAUGGAAAUUACAAUAGAUGAAGUCAAUGGGGGAGAUAAAAAUAUGGAUUAUACUUUUUAUGAAGAUUUUCCUGGUGAAAAGUUUUCUAUAGGAAGAAAUAUAAAUGAAAAUAAAUAUAGUCAGGGCUUGCUUUGGAUAGUCCUUGGCUAAACUUUGCUGUCUCAAUCUGUAGGAUUAAUAUGGAGAGCAUCAGCUGCCAAGUCAACCCACAAUUUGACAAGUGAAAAAUAUACUGACACUUGCCAACUUGUGGGGUUGAGGCGGAAACGCAUAGCCCAGGGCGAUCCGAAGCAGGCCCUGGGCUAUACUUUAGAGGGUUUAUAUACGAAAUGCAAAUAUAUAACAAUUUUAACGAAUAUCCAAAUCCAGCACAAGCAGUAAAUUGUGGAUGCCGAGGAUGUGGAAAUAUUGAAUUUACUGACUGCUUAAUGUCAUGUGACUACAAUCAAUUUUAUGACUUUGACAGUGAAAAAUGCAAAAACUGUGACGAAAAGUGCAAAUUUUCAUGCAUGGGAAGUGGAAAUUGCAAUUUGAAUUUUGAUCCUAUGUGUAGCAUUGCAACUGGAUUUAAUACAGAAGAUUGCAUUACUUGUGUAGACGGGGCGAUAGGGGCAGGUGAUAAAUGUACUUGUGAUUAUCGCCAUGAACUGAGUGGGAUUACGUGCAAAGCCUGUUAUUAUCAUAUUCAAGAUAGGAAUGUUAUUUCUUAUUUUUCCGAAGACUAUCAAACAGUGGUUAUUGAGUUUGACCAGGCUGUUUCUUUUUCUAUGCCAUCUACAUGCAAUAGCCUAUUUUCUAGUAACAGUUUAGCAGUCUUUGGAGAAUCUCCUAAUUGUUAUUGGAGCAGUGAUAGGAUGAGUUUAUAUGUAAACCUUGGAGAAAAUGCUAGAAUUGUUGAGAAUAGUCAGAUUGUGUUCAAUAAAGGGGUUUUGAUGACUGACCUUAAUGCUUGUGGAGGGCCAAUAGGAACUGUCAGUGUAAAAGUAAGUUAUAAAUAUCCAAAACCUAUUAUUUAUCCUGAAGCUUCACUGAUCGUACCUUAUCAACUUUAUAUUUUAUGUGAUGAUUUAAUAAUUGAUGCAACUAAAUCGAAAGGCGGAUAUCGUAGACCAUUAACUUUUAGUUGGAGUUUUGAUUCGAGUCCAUUGAUCAACACUCUUACUCUCAUUCAUUUAAUAGCGAGGACUUUUUUUAUUAAUUAGGAUAUAGAAUUUUCCCAUAGAUGGCGCAGUUUGCCCUUGAUUUGCCCACUGAAAAAAAUUUUUUGGUUUGACCAAACCAUACGGUACUGGUCGAACCAAAAAAUUUUCCCCAGUGGGCAAAUCAAGGGCAAACUGCGCCAUCUAUGGGAAAUUUCUAUAUAUUUAUAUUAAACGUUUUUACUGUUUAUACAAUAUUUUUAAUUUUUAUUACAUUGAAAUAUGUGGAUUGAUAAAAAGUUUAAAAGGAAAUGAAGAGAAUCAAUAUUUUAUUUAUUAGUGCUAAAGGUGUCUUAUAUAUUGAAAAUUUAAGAUAAGGUUAACGCUUAAAUAAUCUUGUUGCUUCUCAGGCCUGCAACGAGAGAAGUCCCUGUCCAGAACAAAAAGUCACCUCCAUGACUAUUAGGACAAAACUACCUCAAAUCCACUUGGAGAUCUUUUCGGAAUUACCAGAUGAAGUGCCAUUACAUUGCAUUAAAAUGAAUCUUCCUCUCGCUUAACGUCCAAUGCCACUUCGCUUACUUGGAAUUCCUAUUCUGCUUCUGGGUUUCCCCGGCCUACCGUCACGCCAGGCACCGCGUGGCUUUGUCCCUGAAUAAUCCAGAGGCUGCGGGCGUCUGGAUUUGACGGCUGUUCUUCUGGCUCGAGCAAACAAAAACUUUUGUCCGUCAGACACCCUAAAGGUCCCAGCCUCCGCCAUCUGGGGUUGGUGGCAUCCUUCCAAAAAAUUCGAAUUCCCUAAAGGAUAGGAUUCCUGCGCCACGAAUCGCAGAUUCUUAAAACCCUAUCAAGCCGGGAUAAAUUCGCUGGGGAAAGCCAAACCUCAUAAUCGUAAAAUGUAAAAAGAGAAUUUUCGUUUGGGAGACCAGAAAAUUUGAGUGACGCCUAUUAUGAUUAUACCAGAUGAGGUCUCAUAAUCCAGGAGAUUUUUCCCUUGGUCAAAAUCCUCAAAGAAUCGUGUAUCCCCAAUAAGUCUGUUUUAAGAUUCUAAUCCCUUAUUUCAAUUGUGACUUUUAUAUUUAUUGCAAUUAUAUUUAAAAUAAAUUUACAAAAAAAUUAAGAAAAAACCGAUUAAAAGGUAAAAAAUAUUUUUUAUAAAAAGUCUAAGAUUUUCUUUGUUUUUAUGUGGGCAGCAGUUAGUAAGAAUUCGAAAUAUCUUACACAAAACUCUUAUAUUUCUAUAGAAAAAGCAGAUCUAAGUGAAACAGCUGGAAAUAUUACUCUAACUCUCAUAAACUGGCUAGGAUUUUCUACAUCAUUAUCUAAGCCUGUAAAUAUAAUAAACUCAAAUGGCUUAUUUUUAUAUUACGAUUUUGGUAUCUCGUUGAAACUUAAAACAAGUGAAUAUAAGUCAAUUGAAGUUUUUGCAUCUAGUGAAUGCCAAACCCCAAAAUCAGAUGAAUUGCAUUAUAAAUGGUGAAUUUCAAAUAAAGUCGGCUCUUAUGUGAAUAUUGACGAAAAAGUGCUUUGGGAUGCUCAGACAAUUCAAUCAACAAUAUAUUCACCUCCAGGCAGUUUUGGGCCAGGAUUAUAUACAUUUUUCCUUAAAGUUAGUGAUCUUUUAAGUGGCCUAUCUGCUAUGAAUCAAUUCAAUUUGACUUAUUUGCCUUCAGAUUUAGUCAUAGAUUUACCAGCAAAUAUGACUUUAUAUUAUCCAAGUGAUUUAUCUAUUUCUUCAAAAGUUAUUGACCCAGACAAUCUUCCUGAAUCUAUUACUUAUACAUGAAACUGUACUAUAAAUUCCUAUAACUGCACUUCUAUCAUUAAAAAUCCUACAAAGUCUGUUUUAAGUGUGCCAAAAUCAAAGCUCAAGUCUGGAGCAAUUUACAUAUUUACCUUGACUGUAAAUAAAUCAUCAAGAGUAUCAAGUAAAGCAAUUGAAGUUGAAGUUAUAAAUAGAAACAAAACAAUGGUCACUUUUUCUGAAAUUCCCAAAUAUGUAAAUACUAAAUCGCCCUCGAACAAAAAUUGGAAAGCAAAUUUGUAAAAUUUAUGUUUUAAAAUUCAAGUUGUUAAAAUUAAACAGAAUUAUCUAGAGAUUUCAUUAUACUAAUUAUCACUUAUAUUUCAAAAUUUUUUUCAUAUAAAAAAUAUUUUUGUUCACUUACCGAGGGUUUUUACUUGAUUUUUCAAUGGUUUUGUUCGCUCACAGGGAGAGUAAAGAAAAUUUUGUGAUUUGGGCAUAUCCAAACGUUACUGGCAAUUAUAGCUCUUCUUGAAGUGUUAUUGAAGGAGGCCAAUAUAAACUUAUGAAUGUUCCUAAUUCAUCUACAAUCGGAUUUCAAGCAAAUUCUCUUGAUUCAUCUAAAACUUAUUGUGCCCAAUAUACUCUUUCUGACAGUAAUGGAAUUUCCAUAUAUCAACUCUAUUUUUAUACAAAUAUUUUACCAGGUAAUGGUAAGCUGGAAAUAUCCCCUAGUUCUGGAUUUGAAUUUUCUACAGUUUUUAAUCUGACAGCUUCCAAUUUUUCCACACCAGAUUUUAAAACACUAGAAUAUCAAUUCGGGUACUAUGUAAAUGGUAAUGAAAUUCCUCUGAAUAUUAAAAAUGAAUCGUCUUUUCUAUAUACAACGCUGCAAUAUGCUUCGCCAGAUUUGACAGUUUUUGUAAAAGUAUAUGAUAAGCAAGGCUCAUAUGAAAUUUUUACUCAAAAUGUAAUUGUUAAUGAAUAUUUGCAAUUAUUUGGGGAUACAAAUAAUGGGGAAAUUAUUGGAUUUUCUCAGUUAAUUAGUGGAAUUAAUAGAAUCAGCAAACAAAUUAUUGGAAACUCUUCAUCAAGCCUAGCCGAUUUAGAAUGGGCACGAGAUACCAAUUUAAAUUCAACCAAACUGCUAGUGAAUUUACUUUAUCAUUUUGAUACUGAAAGUUUCCAGGUAAUUACAGAGCUGUUAAGUGGAAUACUGACAAAAGCAAACGAAAAUGAUAAAAUAACUGAAAAUCAAAGAGAAAUCACUUUGGCACUAUUUGACACUAUGGUAGAAAAAGCUAAAGCAAAUAGUAUUUAUAUUAAAGAAAAUUCAUUAAUUUCAAUUACAAACAUCCUUGACUUCGCAGCAAGCCUAAAUGCUUCCACAUUAUAUGAAAACCCAAAACUCAUUCAGCAUAUUACUCAAAUUUUAACUGAUUUAUUGAUAGAAGUAAGCAAAUUUAUGCCAAUUGACUAUUCUUUAAAUAUUGAUUCUAAUAAUAUUCAUAUUGACACUCAACUUAAAGCUUCAGACUCAAUUAAAACAUAUAAAAGCUCAAUUGAAUUUGGAGGUAUUUCUUUACCAAAUGAUAAUAACUACUCACUCCCAGCAAACACAACAGCUUUAUUGUAUAUUUUAAUUAUUUAUGAUAAUAACUCAACUGAAAGCAAUGAUAAUUUCCCUCGCGGGUUUGAAUUCCUUAUAACUGCUAUUACCCCGACUCACAGAUUUUCAUUGAAUAUUGAUAUGUCGCCUUAUAAUUUGAAUAUAGAAAUUCCUUACUACGAAAAAAAAAUAAAAUGGCGACGUUGACAGAAAUUGGACUCCCGAGGCGCACUCCCUAUGGAGCAGGUAGGAUUCAUCCUGAUGAAGCUGAAAGUUAGGGCCUCUGUCCCUCUUAUACUAGGCCUUGAAUCUUGAGGAUACCUUGCCAAAGAGGGAAGUUUUAUUAUCCCCCGAAGGUUCUUCUGUCCUGAUAGGCUAGACAGGCUUUGCCUAUCACAUGGUUUUUCCUCAUCGGACCAUCGGGGCACUUGACAGACGGUGGCUCUGCUCAAGUGAGCUGAUCAGGUCGGAAAUCCAAAAUAGCGCCGGGCAAGAAGUAUUAUAGCAUCAGAAUCUCGUUCUGGGACUGUGGCGGAACCGAGAUGGGGUGAUGGCUAGUGGUUUACUGCUUAUGGCCGUGCUUAAUUUUUAAUUUAUUACUACGAAAAGGAAGUCACUGAUCCAAUCGAGUGUGUAUUUUAUAAAAAUAAUAAAUGGAGCACUGAUGGCUGCAAAUUUAUUUCUUAUGGUUAUCCAAAAGUCCUUUGCCAAUGCACUCACACAUCUUUAUAUACAGCUGGGACAAGCAUUCUGCUCUGACCAAGCUCUUCCAGUACUAUAAACCAAUGAUGGUAUCCUUUUUAUUAUUCUUGUGGGCUUUGUGGAUUUUAUUACAUUAUUGUCAUAUUUCUAUUUAUCGUUGAAUCAAAAAAUAUCCAUGGAAUGCCUCUAAAUAGCUAUGCACACAACAAAAUUUUACCAAUCAGUAUUCAGCAUAGCACAAGCUUGGAAAAUAUCAAUCAAAUAUAUAAAAUUUCAACAGGCUAUGAAGAGCAUCACAGUUUACAUAAAAAUUUGAAUGAAAUAUCUGAGCAGGCUGAACUUGAAUCUGAAUCGAUUAAAUGCAAAGAAAGUGACAUAAACAACAAAAAUCUGAAACAUCUUGUGGAAGCUGAUCCAGUGCUACUAACUUCUCAUCCUGAAAAUUUCGAAACUAUUACACUGAAUAAUCAGACAAUAUCUCCAAGAAAUGAAAAAAGAAAAAGCUGGGUUUUGAACUUCCGAUACCAUUAUUUUAUAUCAUUCAUUUUUUUUACAAUCCCAGAGAAGCCAAGAUCUGCAAGAUUUUCUUUAUUUGCCACAUCAUUGAUGCUUCAAAUUUUCUUGUGUGGAAUAUUUGCAGAUUUCUAUGGAUCUGAGGUCUCCUCAAGUGAAAAUUCUGAUUUUAUCGAUGUUUCCUUAGGAUAUUCACAAGUUAGCUUUGCUUGCUCGGCUGCAGUUAUGGCGAAUAUUUUGAUUCUUAAUAUAUCAUUAAUUUUAUCUCCAAAAGCAGCAAUUUAUUCAGAGAUAGUAGAAUACCCGAUCAAAACAAUUAUCAGGAGCUUUGCUGGAUAUACUAUCUGCAUUUUUAUUAUUAGCAUAAAUGUUGUAGCAACCUAUCUUAUAGCAGAUGAUGUUGAUGGAAAUUCUUCCAAAGUUUGGAUGAAGAUGAUUUUGAUUUCUUUAGGAUUUGAUUCGGUUAUUGUUCAAGGUGUAAAAGUCUUGUCUUCUCUAUUAUUAACAUAUAAAUAA